AUGAAGUUCUUCGCAGCUCUUUCCCUCAUAGCCGGCAUGGCCAGCGCUCAUCCUACUGGGGAUGUCAAGGCCCGUCAGUUUGGCAGCGGUCUAGGUAGCGGCCUUGGUAGCGGCCUCGGCAGUGGUCUGGGUAGCGGCGGCAGUGGUCUUGGAGGAGGACUCACUGGCGGAGGCUUAUUUGGAGGUCUUGCUGGUCUUGGUGGCUCUACGCGCAAUGACCUCGAGCAAGGCGCUGCUGGUAGCUGUCCCAAGGCCAUCUUUAUCUUUGCCCGAGCCACAACCGAGCAAGGUAACAUGGGCAUGUCUACAGGUCCCGCUGUGGCAAGCAAGCUUGAAGCCAAGUAUGGAAAGGGUGGAGUCUGGGUUCAAGGUGUUGGUGGCCCAUACACGGCUGAUGUGCCUGGCAACCUUAUGCCGGAUGGCUCUUCACCAGCUGGUAUCAAUGAAGCCGUCCGCCUUUAUAACAUGGCACACGAGAAGUGCCCUGACACUCCAGUUGUUACUGGUGGAUACAGUCAAGGAACUGCAUUGGUUGCUGCUGCCAUCUCCAAACUCGACGCAAAGGUUAUGGACCAGGUCAAGGGUUGCGUCCUCUUCGGAUACACCAAAAACGCUCAGAACAAUGACGCUAUUCCCAACUACCCCAAGGACCGCACUGCUAUCUACUGCAACGUGGGAGAUGCUGUCUGCACUGGAACUUUGAUCAUCACCGCUGCUCACUUUAUGUAUCAAGCCGACGCUGCGGGACCUGCUCCUCAGUUCCUGAUCUCCAAGAUUGGCUAA